AUGCAGCAACUAAAUAUGGUUAUUCAAAGGAAAAAAGUAACAGAAGAUGAAGAGGACUACGUGCGCGGGAGGGUGGCCCGAAGUUCCAAGAAGGCUUUUCAGGGAGAGGCCGAAGGCGCUCGGAGGGGCGCGAGGUCAAGACCCGGCGGGAACCGACAGGGAAACCCUGGGGGGCGAAAGGGGUGUGCCCGGGGCCUGGAGGCCCGCCAGGGACUGGGAGGCCCGGGAAGCGGCCGCAGCCCCCGCCUUCGCCCGACCUCGGGCGGCGCGCCAGGGCCCGCCUCUCUUCGCUUCCGUCCGGGCGGCCGGGCUCACGGGCCGGACUGGAGACGGCCCGCGCUGGCCCCCCACGUUCGGGGGUUAGGGUUUCGGUCGCAGCGCCCCCCGCCACUGCCUCAGGCUCUCCGCUCCUGCUCGGGGACCCCAGGAUCCCUUCCCUCCAGGACCCUCACCCCGGCCCCGCCGCCCCGUCUCCCACCUACCGCCUUUACCUGUUCUAGGAGUGGGCAGACGGCGUCGAGGCCGGGGCCGCGUCGUCAGGAGUGCGACGCGGCGCCGCGGGUCCGCAGCCCUUUCCCGCCGCCGCCACUGCGCUCUCCGACGCGGCGCAGGGCUGGCGAGCAGCGACGGCCGCGGUGGGGAGACGCGGGGCGAGCGGCCGGCGGGGAGACACUGCCGCUCUCCGUCCGGCCUGGGAAGAGCAGCCUCGCAGCAGCCAGCCGCGAGAGGGCGGGUGGGCGGCCGAAUGGGGAGGGGUCUCGGGGAGUAGGGAAUGGCUGCCACGUCGCCCAGGUGGAUCGCGGCCCUCCGCCUCCUCCACCUCCCUCCACCCCCGCCCGCUCCCUGCCGCGACCUCUGGUUCGUUCCGGAGCUCCGCUAGGGCGCGUCGGCCCGCCCCGUGAAGCCGACCCCGGCGACCCCUGCCGCGGGCGCUCCCGCCUCUCCCGCUCUCUCCGCUGAGCAAGUCCCGGCCUGGCCGGUUCUGCCGCAGCGGACCCGGCCUCCCACUCACUCACCCCCCACCCCAAAAAAAGCUCUCCCGAAAGCCUGACGUGUUUCCCCCUUCCCUUUUCGGGGGGUCACAUGCAGAAACAAGCCCUUUUCAAUGUGUUGGGUUUUCGGGGAAGGUGGGAGCUGUUUUGAGCUGGUGAACGUAGCAAUAAGGGGCCCGAAAUUGCUGAGGAUAUAAGCGGUGAACCACAGCCUUGUCUGAGCCUCUUCAGACUCUCCCUAGCGCCAAAUGCAAAACAAACACAAGGUCGUACUCGCUGGUCGAGGCGGGGAACGAAACGUGAGCGGGGGCGGGCCCGCCAGCGCGCGGGUCCCGGCGGCGAGUAGGAAGAGACCGCCAGGCGAGCCGGGCGGCCUCGGCGUGGCCUAACUGGGCUGUUGACUCGGGGCGUGCUAGGCGGCUGCGGCGGGCGCGCGAGCCCGGCCUCCGCGCGCGCUGUGCUGCCCGCGGGGGGUUUCCGGGCGCGCGGCCGGCUGCCCCUACGCGCGCUCGGGCGACGGACUCGGCGCGGCCACCUCGGAGCGGGAAAACAAAGGGGUCCGCGGCGGCUGCGGCCCCGACCGAGACUGCCUGGCCCCGACCGGCGCUGCCAACGUGUGGUCUGAACACGCUGACGGAGGCACAAAAACGAUUGCAUGUUUGCAACGUAGACCCGGAGGCGCUGACCUUUGCCCGGCUUAGAGCUUCAGUUUCAGGUUUACAGGGACACCAUGACCUGACCCACAUGGACAGCUGCAAGAACAAAGGAUUCGGACACCAAGAAGUCGGCAACAACCAAUCACACACCCUCCUCUUCUUAGUAUAAAACGAGCCUGAAUUCUGACUUGAGGAAGAUGGUUCUCCAGGAUAUUAGUCUGCUAUCUUCUUGGUCUGCUGGCUGUCUGAAUAAAGUCAUUAUUUCUUGCCCCAA